AAGCCGUUUAAAUCUGAGGAAAACGACCUGGGGCAGAAUCCCCAAUAAGGGUGGUGAAGAGCGUUGGCCUCUGACCCCAGGCUCCUAAUAAGUAUGCAUUGUGGAUGGCGAAUGAAUGGGCUUGGAAGCCAGGAGCGGUGCGCCCACAGGGUGUUUACUUCUUGAUAAUUGGAGCUACCAAAGGGGAAAAUGGAUGAAGAACCCGAAAAAACAAAACGCUGGGAAGGGGGCUAUGAAAGAACAUGGGAAAUUCUUAAAGAAGAUGAGUCUGGAUCACUUAAAGCUACCAUAGAAGACAUUCUCUUCAAGGCCAAGAGAAAAAGAGUAUUUGAGCACCAUGGGCAAGUUCGACUUGGAAUGAUGAGACAUCUUUAUGUAGUUGUAGAUGGAUCAAGAACUAUGGAAGACCAAGACUUAAAGCCUAAUAGACUGACAUGUACUUUAAAGUUACUAGAAUACUUUGUGGAGGAAUAUUUUGAUCAGAAUCCUAUUAGUCAGAUUGGGAUAAUCGUAACUAAGAGUAAGAGAGCUGAAAAGCUGACAGAACUCUCAGGGAAUGCGAGGAAGCAUAUAACCUCUCUCAAGAAAGCAGUAGAUAUGACAUGUCAUGGAGAGCCAUCUCUCUACAAUUCCUUAAGCCUGGCCAUGCAGACUCUAAAACAUAUGCCAGGGCACACAAGUAGAGAAGUCCUUAUCAUCUUUGGCAGUCUUACUACCUGUGAUCCAUCUAACAUCUAUGAUUUAAUCAAGAGUUUAAAGGCAGCUAAAAUUAGAGUGUCUGUUAUCGGCUUGUCUGCAGAAGUUCGAGUUUGCACUGUACUUGCCCGUGAAACUGGUGGAACAUACCAUGUUAUUUUAGAUGAAAGUCAUUAUAAAGAACUCCUAACACAUCAUGUUAGUCCUCCACCUGCCAGUUCAAGUUCUGAAUGCUCUCUUAUUCGUAUGGGUUUUCCUCAGCACACUAUUGCCUCUUUGUCUGAUCAGGAUGCUAAACCUUCUUUUAGCAUGGCCCAUUUGGAUAGCAGUACUGAGCCAGGCCUUACAUUAGGAGGGUACUUCUGUCCACAGUGUCGGGCAAAGUACUCCGAACUUCCAGUUGAAUGCAAAAUCUGUGGUUUAACGUUGGUAUCUGCUCCCCAUCUGGCACGGUCUUAUCAUCAUCUGUUUCCCUUGGAGGCUUUUCAAGAAGUUUCUUUGGAAGAAUAUAAUGGAGAGAGAUUUUGUCAGGGAUGCCUAGGGGAAUUAAAAGAUCAACAUGUUUAUAUUUGCACUGUGUGCCAAAAUGUAUUCUGUGUGGACUGUGACUUGUUUAUUCAUGAUUCUCUGCAUUGUUGCCCUGGUUGUAUUCAUAAGAAUCCAGCUCCUACUGGUGUGUGACAGCAUCUUUUCCUACAUCUUCUAUUU